UGGAUUCAAGAGCAAUGAAUUAAUACACUCUCAAAUCACCCACGGUGGUUAGUUGACUCCCAAACGUCAUACAAGGUUGUGCGUGCGAGACUGUAGGCAGUCGAGAAGUGAGAAAAGGUACAACAAAUAUUUCGAGAAAAUGUUUUUCGAACGCCCGGAAAGUCAUAUGCUUGAACCUCGAAUGUCAUUGCUCUACGAGUCUAGCUACGAGAACACUUAUGAGGGAGGCAUGAAGGAAGACAUAUGGAAAAAUGGACAGAGUCUCCUUCCAACGCCACCGUGUUCACCAGAAGAGCUGUCCUACCAAGGUUUUCCAGAGUUUGUACAGACACCGACACUCGCACAGAGCAACUUUCAAGUCGUACCAGAUGAUCUGCCAGAUGAACUGGUCGACAAUGAUGACACACUGCCAGUCUUGGAAAUCAGUGACGACGAAAUGCAGAAGUUGACAUCGCCCACCAUAUUUGAUGAUUCCAUGUGGAUACAAAUGCAUUCAGCGCAAACACAUCAACAAAACCCUGAAUCAACAGCUCAGCCAACGACACAAAGGCAAGUUCAUGCAUGUGAGAUACAGUACGACAGUCGGUCUGAUGUCAGCUAUAUAUCACACGGUAUACGCACAGUUCACAUUUCCGACCAAAUUGUGAGAUCGCCUGCUUACAGUCAGUCGUUUAUAUUUACCGUAAACGCAAAUCCAAUUCAACCACUCAACACGAUGGGACAUCUUGUCACGCGAGAACAUUCAACAGCACCAACUCCUUCCACUUUUAAUUCAGACUCAAAUUAUUCGACUGAACGAAUGAGUCUAUUAAGCCCGUUUGAUCUGACAAGCGGACCAAGUACGCCCGACAGCCCAACGACGCGCACUCGGAAAUUCCGACGAGCACUUAGUCGUGGUGCGCUAGAAAAUAUGGCAGUUGAAGAACCAACGGAUGAUUCAGAGGAUAGCGAAACAACACGUGCAACUCAUAAUGUUUUGGAGAGAAAGCGGCGCGAGGAACUCAAAGAAAAGUUUCAAAAACUGCGAGACAGUCUACCAGAACUUCAGGAUAACGAUCGAGCCCCGAAAGUUCUUAUUUUGAAGAAAUCAUCGCGCGUAAAAUUACUACGGCGUGGUGUGGAGAAGUGCUUCCUUUCUCCAUCAUGGUUCAGCAACAGCUGAUUAGUAAUAUCUACUAUACAUAAAUAUUGUUUCAAUGAUUUUUAAUAUAUGUAUGUACUGUUUCUGUGACACAAUUGUGUCAGUCAUCUGUUUGUAAAUAAGUGAAAAGAGUUAUACCUUAAAAUUGAUUCGAUUGUGAUACCCAAUUACGGAGAACCUAAUUCACUGUAAUUUCAAUCAAUUUUAGCAACAUCAUGUAUAAAGUAUAGUUUGGAAACACGAUAUGCUAAUCUCAAUAAUGACGCACAAUAACAAAUUUUCAUACAAUUUUUUAGUACAUUGUAUGACAUCCUUCACAUUAAUGGCUUUUUGGUUAAACAGAGUUUGAGUAAUCUAUACAGUACCUUGUAUCUUUAAAAUCUUCCAUAUUGGCUGAGUGUGAAUAGAACGUAUAUAACUAAUAAUUUUGUACAUAGUCUAUCUUUUGAAAUAUUCUAGUAACAAUAAAUUGAACAGCGUUAGAA